UUGCAUUACUGUCAAACAUGGCUCCUCCUCCAUCUCAACCUUCCUUUGUUUUAUAAUAUUUAUAUAUACUAGCCACCACUAUAUAUAUAUAUAUCAAAGCCAUCGAUCUCCCUACACCUCUAUGCACACACUUGACUACUUCUGCAAUGGCUUCCACCCCCAAAAAAAUAGCCUCCGAGUUCCUUCCUUUCAUCAGAGUCUACAAAGAUGGCACAGUCGAACGCCUCAUGGGCUCUCCUUAUGUGCCUCCAUCUGCUCGUGACCCCGAAACCGGUGUUUCCUCCAAAGACAUUAUCAUCUCAGACAACCCCAAAAUCUCUGCUCGCCUUUUUCUCCCUCAAACCCUAGACCAAAAUGUCCAAAACCAAAAGCUUCCGGUUUUGGUCUACUUCCACGGCGGUGGUUUUUGCUUUGAAUCCGCCUUCUCGUCUGAUCACCACCGCUUCCUCAACCGCCUGGUCUCGAAAGCCCAAGUCGUUGCUGUUUCAGUCGAGUACAGACUCGCCCCGGAAGUCCCAAUUCCCAUUUGUUACCAAGACUGCUGGGAUGCUCUUCAAUGGGUUGCUUCGCAUACCGAAAAUGAAGAUGUGGGUGCUGCUAACAAAGAGCCAUGGUUACUCAACUACGGUGAUUUCGGUAAAGUUUACAUUGGUGGUGACAGUGCAGGUGGUAACAUUGUACAUAACAUAGCAAUGAAGGCAGGGACUGUGAGCUCGAGUGUGAAACUAGUUGGGGCAUUUAUGUCCCACGCUUAUUUUUUGAGUUCCAAGCCACUGGGGUCGGAGCCGAAAGGUGAGGACUUCAAGAACUAUGUGCCUUACAUGGUUUGGGGGUUUCUGAAUCCGUCGACUCCGGGAGGGAUUGACAGUCCGAUGGUGAACCCGGCGGGUCCGGGCGCUCCAAGUCUGGCUGGGCUUGGGUGUUCUAAGCUGCUUGUGUGUGUUUCUAGCAAGGAUGAGCUGAGGGAUCGAGGUGUUUGGUAUUAUGAUUUGGUGAAGGGAAGUGGGUUUAAAGGAGAAGUUGAGUUGUUUGAAGUGGAAGGAGAGGAACACGCUUUUCAUAUAUUGAGCGAGGCCGAGACUCAGAAUGUUAAGAAAAUGAUCAACAGAUUAGCUUCUUUUCUCGUGUAGCAGAUCUUGUGAUCAUGUGCGCAGUUGUUGGAUGGAGUAUAAUUAUUUCUUUCACUUGAAUAAAUUAUCAUGGAUAUUAGUCGCUUA